AUGGCAGCUAAUGGACAAGUCUUUCAAGAUGCGCAGAGUCAGGAGGAGACCCAGGUCUAUGACAGUGACCCGAUGGAUGUCGAAAAGGUAAAUGAGGAGGAAGUGCCGCUGACGCAGGCUGAUGGUGCAAAUGAUGAGCCUGAGGAGGAGACGCAGAACCAUGACUCUGUUGUGCAGGUUCCUGCAAGCGAAGCUGAGGAGGUUUGUGCGAGCCCGGCUAAGGAGAACGAACCCGAAGCCUCGAAGCAGCUGGUGCAGCCAGACCCCUCGCGAGGCUUCAGGCCACUUCCUGCAGGGGCAGCAUCGGUGGAGGGCAUUGGUUGGAAGGACCUUCGCGAGAUGGGCCAAGGUGCCGACCAGUACUGCAGCACUUGCAGAGCUCAUGUGGACCCUGCUCCAGAGAAGCGGGUUUUCAAGAAGGGCCACCACCAGUGGCAAUGCAGGACGUGCCACAACGUGACCACUUUGCUGUACAAGAGGAUGGAUAUGAAAAAUCUCCAAGGAUGGAAGGACCUCAGCGAAGCUCAGGUGCAGCGCUUCUACCAGGAAGCUGGGAAAUGUCUUGCCUUGGGGCAGCGGUCAUGCUUUGGUAAGAUCCAGGGCUGCCUCAUCGACAGCGUCACCCAAAGCGAAGUGCACCGUCAAGAAACCAAUGUCAAAGGAGAAUUUCUCCCAUUGAGUGUGUGGGCGUCCAAAGGUUACAACACAGAGGCCAUAGAGGCCAAAGCUGAGAAGCGCAAGAGCGACAUGUUUGGAUGGGUCUACCGCGUCAAUGUGCUGUCAAUUAACUACUCCCACAUUGAAGAAGAGUGUCGCCAGCGUGUGCUGCAAGCGACCCGCAAAGUGGGACAGUCGAAACCCGCUGGCAAGGCCAAGGGCAAAGGCAAGAACAUUGCGGAUGGUGCAGCUGCUGCCGGCAAUGGAGAGCAGAGCGGAAGCAAGGCCAAGCCUUCCAAGUCCAAGGCUGCUAAGCCGAAGGUGAAGGUGACGGCCGAAGAGAAGAAGGAAGCUCGCACGGCCAACAACCCUCACCUUGGCAAUGUGAGGAAGGCUUUGCGUCUCUUGGAGCCGGUCAUCAAGGACUGCAAGUCGAUCCUCAAGUGCACCAGCUGUCCCGAGGAUUUGAAGGAGGAGCUGCAAGCUGCUCAGCAGAUCGUCAAAGAUGCCACCAAGUUCAAGUCUGCUGCACAGGUCGCUGGCCAGCAGGGCAAAGUCCUGGAUCCCUGGACCUAUGAGAAUGAGACCUGCAAGGAGCUAGCCAAGAACAUCAAGAGCAAGACGGAGAGCACUCGCAGUAUGGAUCAGCUUCUCAGCAAGAUGGAUGACACUGCCUUGGCGAAUCUGAAGAAGGCGGCCGAGGAACGCCUGUCAGCAACUGACGUGGAAUAG